CCCGACCCCGAUCCACCUCUGCCGCCGCACCCACUGCACUCAACCACCACGCGGCCGGUGUCCCUCCUCCCCUGCGACCUGGCGCCUACAAGAUCUCGGCAUCCUACGCUGCCCGCCGCCCCACCCUCGCCAGCAAUGGCGCCGAACCGAGCCUGCCACCCCACCUUCGACCAGAGACGGUGCCAAACCGCUGGAGCUGCCUCCACCGACCACCGGAGUCGGGGCGCCAAAUGACUCGCCGCCCACUGUUCGUCGGCAAUGGCUCCCCAGUCUGGCCCCUACCUCCAGACACCACGUGUUCUCCCCCACCUUUACUCAUAGCUACAGCACCGACCGUCUCCUACCGCCGAUCUGGUUGCUAACCACAGCCACCCACCGCCAGAUGCAUCGCAACACCGGCAGAUCCACGCCGCUCCUCCGUCUAUCAGCUAAUGCCCCGACCCGUCGUGCUACACACCUCCUCCUCGCGCAUGUGUCAACAAAACAAGUUGGUUGCUGAAGUCCACUUCAUGCAACAACAGCAGGACGACUCCUCCAGUACGGUAGGCUCCUCCAUCCCUGAGCGCGACGCGUCCAUGACUGCGUCCACCCUCACGUUCCCUGCUCCAUCCCUUCUCUCCUCUAUGUGGCGACUGUGUGGGCGCUCGUCCUCUUCGAAGGCUACAACUAUUUUCUCUCUGAACACUUCUGGGGACCAAAAGAAGUGUGGUCGUGUGGCAGUCAUGAAGCGGCCGCCGGCGAGGAUCAAUGGCACUCUAGGGUGCACUUCAAAGUGUCCGUGUUAAUGCCUCAAUGAAAAUUGUUUUGUGUAGUUUUGUAUUUCAGUGCAAGCACACUUGACUCCAUGAAACCUCCCAUGACCAGCUGAUUUGUCUUUGUGUUCGACCUACAUAAGCUACUUUUAUUUGUAUCUAAAGCAGAA